AUGUUCUUUUACAAAAAUAUUAUUAUUAACUAUCAAACUUGUUCAUUAGUUUUCAGUUGAUCAGUCAUGGUGAUUCUUUCCGCUUGUUUCUUAAUCUUUGCACAGAAAGAUAUAUUGGCCAAAUAUUAUCUUAUUAAAACAGCAUAUCAACCUCAACCAAUCACAUCAGCAGCAUCAGUUCCAGUUAAAUAUGCAAAUGGUAGUGACUAUAGACUACAUUUGAAUCCAGAAGGACCCAUUGCAACUGUGAAAGGAGCAAAGCCAGUCGGAUCUGCUAUCACCCUGCCACCAGCUGUGACAGCAAAAUCAGUUGUUCUACCCAACAAGGAAAACACAGUUAAAUUUCUGUCACCUCAGUCUUUCAUAUGUUCUGCACCUGGUAAAGGUACUAUAGCAAGAUCUUGCAUAUUCCCAUCGUGUUAAACAUAAGUAAUGCAAUGCCAGAAUAACUAGAUUUUAAUUCUUGUACUUUUCACAUAUGAGAUAUAUGAGAUAAUUCUAUUUCAAUUCUUGUCGUUUUUUCACAUGUUGAGCUCGUAGCAAAGAGACUAGUGCAAGAUCUUGCAUAUUCUCAAAGUGUUUAUUAUGAGUAAAGUAAUGCCAGACUAUCUAGAUUUCAAUUCUUGUAAAUAUCACAGGUAAAGUAUAUAUGAGAUAUCUUGUGAAGAACUUCAUAUUUCAUUUAUAAUAUUUCAAUAUCAUAACACCUGGUGUCUCUGCUUAUCUUUUAGAAACUGAAAGUAUAUUGUAGUAAAUUGA